AUGUGGGCCGACAUGCUCUUGCAGGAACUCGAGCAAGCCUCUGCCAACCAGCCGGUUACUUUGUCGGUUGGCGGCAAGUCGAACGGCGAGAGCGCGACGCGCCGUCAAUCUACUGAAGCGGCGUCUCGAGAAGCACAGUCCCCGACGCGCGGCGACCCUCGAUCUUUAGGGUUGGGGGAAGGCAUCAGCGGAAGCGGGCGGAAGAGAGAGCAGGCGGAGCGGAGUCCGCUUGACGGUUUGCAGCUGGGGGCGGGAGGAGGGGGUUGCGGCGGUCAGGGAUUUCCGUUUUCCUCUGUCGGCAAUCCCGAGGGUCAUCAGAAGCGGCAAGAGACGAACCCUCGGGGAUGCAGGGAUGGAGUGAUUGCACGCAAUGUGACUAUAGGUCGAGCGGACGGUCAGUACGUCGAGGGAAAAUCACUUGAAGGGCAAGAUGCUAGGGGUGUGAUUGAAUCGAGACCGUUAGGAUUCGAGCGGGGGGGAAGGGAGAAGGAAUCUUCCAAGGGCGAUGAGCGCGAGAGUGAGAGGGAGGGAGACGAGGCGGUAAGGGAGGGGAUUGAUGGCGGAAGAAGGGGAGGAUGGGAGGGGUGGGAGAAGAUGGUUGGGGCUGGAGAAGAGGUUUGCGCGCACGUUCAGCAGCAGCAGCCGCAUCGAGAUUUUGAGGCGUCUCAGAACCACAAACAGCAGCAGCAGCAGCAGCAGCAGCAGCAGCAGCCGCCGCCAUCGCAGAACGUAUUUGGCGGCGACGCGCAUCGGCCUGUGGAGUAUCGAGUCACGGCGUGCGAGGAGGGGCGCCGCCCGCCCGCGUGGAAGCCGGCGGCUUUCGCGGGGCACUUAAAGCGCGACGACGACCUCACUCUAAAAGCAUUCCUCAAAGGCGGCAGAAGGCGCCACGGAGGGGGUUCGGUGCGCGGCGCGCAGACGUGGCGGGCGGACGAUAUUGCGGACGCGUGGCGGGUGGCGGAGGGACUUGCGGAGAUGGAGCGUGUGCGGCGGGAGCAGGCGGGACGGGGCGCGCAUCCCACCUCUGGUUCCGCAAACCCGCCUGCUACCGCUACUGCGGCGGCGGUUGCCGCCAUUCAGAGUUUCCCUGCUGCGGGCAGCCCAGCCGCUUGCUUCUCCCCCUACGCCAGUGGAAGCGCCGCGGUGAAGGACAAUGGCGCGCCAGGGGGUGGGCUCGCGCUGAACGACAGCGCGCGGAAGGGCAAAGCGGCGGUUGCGGACGAGCCUUGCGCGCCCGGCUUCGGGUUUGAGCGGUGCGCCAGCAGCGAGUGCACUGGCGGGUCGUCGCAGGGGGAGAGCUCAAGGUCUCGCGGAGGGGGAAGGGCGCGCGGGGAGGGGAAGAGACGGAAGGGUUCGCGCUUGUCAGGCGGAGGGGAGCGGAAGGGGAAGGUGAAGGCCGCUGGUGCUGCUGCGAGUGAUGCUGCUAUUGGCGCUGACGUUAUUGCUCCGACCGAUUUCAGCGCUGGGGGGAAGGCGUCCGCGCAAGGCGCUAAAAGCGGAGGGGGGAGGGAGAAGCGCGGAGUAGAUGCGCGCGCUGACGUGGCAGGAAAGGGCGCGGCGCAGCAGAGCGAGAAGGCGAAGCAGAUGGAGCGAAACCUCAAGGUAGCUUCCGCGCAGCUUCUCACCCUUCAGAAAUGGGACGAGGGAUCAAGAGACCUCGCGGUCCGAUGGGCCGUAUGGCUCUUAAGGCUCAUUCGCAAGUCCGCCCCCACGCCGCCCCCGCCCUCUAUCCGCCUCCUCCUCUUCUCUUCCAUUCUCAUGACUCUCCCUCGGAUAGCCGACUCCCUCCUCCCGCUCACCUCCCUCCCGGGCCUCGCCUACUCUUCAGCGUCAGGCUCGGCAGGAGGCUCGGUGAAAGGCUCGGCGGGAGGUUCGGCGGCGUCCGAGGUGGUGCGGCAGAUGCUGCGGAGCGUGUGUGCGCUGGUGGGGGCGGUGGGGAGGACAGCAGCGGCGACAGGCAGUGGUCGCACAGCCAGAGCCACACCCUCAGCCAAGGAUGCGUCAGGGCAUAAGGCCUCGUCAGCAGCCCGAGCAGGCACGUCGGUGUGGCUGGGAACCCCUCUGGCCGCUGGCAUGGGGGCGAAGAUCGCCGUGGGCGGCAGGGGCAGCGCCAGUGCUGUUUACCGUGAGCUGUCCUCCCUCUGUGGGUCAACGGGUGGGUGGAAGAGCGGAGGGGAGGGGGGUGUGGGAGAGGAGGGGACGGAGGAGGGGGAGAUUGUGAGGGAGGGGUUGGGCAGUGGUGGAGGGGGGAAGAGAGUGAGGGAGGGGGAGGCAGGGGGGUAUGCGGAGUGGAGUGCCAGGAAUAUGGCUCAGACCGAGGCGAGCGCUGUGCCUUAUUUCUGGUCCGGGGUUUACCGGACCUGCAGCUCGGUGUUGGUGCCCCAACAGCCAACAGGAGCAGCAGCGCAGGCCAGGGCGCAGAGAUCGAGAUGGGGAGUGGCGUGA